AUGGCCAGUGCAUUGAAGAAUACCGCUGCUUUCGAAGCUUGUGAAAAAUUAUACCUCAACGAAGAAUUUGCUGAUGUCCAUUUCGUGUUCAACGUCGAUGAUGAGAGUGAAAAGGCUCCGGCUAACAAAGCCAAUUUAGCUGUUCUCAGCCCAGUGUUCAGAAAAAUGUUCUUCGGAUCGUUGCCAGGGAAAGGCGAUGUUGAGAUCGUCGAUGCGGAUGACAAAGCAUUCAAGGAGUUUCACCAGUUUUUUUAUUUGGAUGAGGUGUCAUUAACCAUGGAAAAUAUCGAGACUGUUGUUCGUUUGACCGACAAGUACGAUGUCCUCGAAUAUGUCAACGCGUUUGCCGUGUUUCUCAAAAGACAACUGACACUGGAUAAUAGGUUCUGGUUGACCGGGCAAGCGCUUUGGCGUGGCGCUGUCAACAAUGUUACCCCAUUUAUUCACACCUUGGCAGUGAAUCUCAAAAAUGAUGAAUUAAUCGAGUUCUGUGAGGGCAAAAUCAUCAAUUCGCCGAAAGGUGUUUUUGCUGCCGAGGCAUUCAAACGCUGUAACAAAAGUAUUUUGAAGCGAAUUCUGGAGCUGGAUUUAGUUUGCACAGAAGCCGAUGUAUUUGAUGCCUGUUUGACGUGGACCAAAUACGCAUGCGAACAAAAUGAUUUGGAUGCAACAGAAGCCGUGAAUUUGAGAACUCAACUCGGCGAUUGCUUGAAGUUAAUUCGAUUCGGUGCAAUGGCAAGCGAUGAAUUUUACAAACGGUAUAUGUCAUUUAAGGUACUAUUCACUCGGGAAGAAUUCGAAGAUAUUAUAUUUUCAUUAUCA